UCAUGUCGUCAGUCUGGGACUUUGUUUGGAUCGCCUUGUUUUUAGCUCUAGCCCUGGGCCAGUCAGAAGACCCUUUUGCUGAGUUUGACACUGAUGAAACUGUGGUUAUCGAACCAGAUGAUUACGACAUUGAGGUUGAAAACUCACCAGAAGAAACAGUUGAGGUGCAAGAACCCGACGACACAGAAGAUGACCAAAUAGUUAUCGAAGACGAAGACUUCGAGGGCAUCAACCCGAGCGAGAAGGCUCCCUCGGGCAACAAUGAACUUAACAUCGUCAAUGCACCAGUCAAUAUGAAAGGACACUGGGAAGAUUAUUACCUUGAAAUAAUCGGACUUAUAGGAGUAUUUGUGUAUGCACUGAACUUCUAUACAGGCAAAUCAAUCAAUAACAGGCUGGCAAAUGCGUGGUUUGAACAUCAUAAGAAACUGUUGUCUGACGCGUUCUGUAUAGUGGGUGACGACGGAGUUUCUAAAGAGAUAUCUGAAGAUGUUCUUGUUAAAGAAUCUGAAAACAGAUUCGUGCUGUGGUGCACAGGUCGGGUGGGUUGUGAAGGUAUAAAGAUAGAAAUAAAAUUACUGAGACGGCAAGAUCUGAUAUCUGUUCUGUCCCAGAUCUUCAAACCCCAGUCUGACACCAUCACUAUCACCACCUAUCUCGCUCCAGAGGACAUGGACCAUGUUGUACUCGCUAUCAUGCCCCGCAAGGGUCUCAAACGGCUACAACAAGAGGUUCAGGAUCUGGCCCACUUUGCCACGGAAAAGAAAACCGACAAGUUUGACCUUCCCUCUCAGCUCGGAAUCCUGGCUGAGUUCUCCGAGGUCUCCAACGAGUUCCUCUCCAUUCCCGUCUGUAAGACAAUCGCUGAGAACAUCGACGUGUUCGAUAGUAUCCACUUCUCGGACUACUACACUGGUUUCAAGAUAUCCCAGGAAUCUCAGACCGAGACGGAGCGUCCUUCACCUGUCAAGAGAUUAAUAUUCAACUUCGUCAUCCCCGGGCAUGGAAAGCGAACUAAGAGCACUAUUAUGGAAACAACCGAACCGCUACUUAGAAUGGCUCUUCACAUGAUGAUUAAAGUACACAAGUUUAAACUCAGCAAAGAGAAUAAGAACAAAGCUGACAAGCACAGAGUCCAGGUAGAGGAAGAAUACUUGAAACAGACUCACAACCAGAGACAGGAAGCAGCCCAACAGCGCCGUGACGAGCGCAAGCGCAUGGAGAAGGAGAAGAUCCAAGAGUUGGAUCCCGAGGCUCAGCGGCGCUACGAAGAGCGGGAGUAUAAGAAGAGCAUGAGACGGAGCGGACCAAGAGUAAAGCAGCUUAAAGUAAAAACAGGCUGAUUCUGGAAACUUUGUUUACAAUUUGUUUACCCAUCAUGAUCAACCUAUCUUUAUUCCUUAUUUUGAAGCUUUAUAUUAUAUGUUUACCCUGUGUUGUUUGCUGAUGGAUUGAAUAGUAUGCAUAAUAUGGGGUCGGCUAAAAGUUGUCAAACUUUUAUUGUAGCUAGUUAGCUUAUCUCGUGUCCAAUCGUUAUAGUUCGUUUUACAGCACAUUUUCCUUCACAUGUUCGAGGAUUUCCGGUCUGUAAUUAAUAGAACUUGGUCCUUUUUUGCAACUCCCUGCUCAAGGAUCAUUAUUCCCAGAUAGGUUGUUUAGAUUGGGCGACAUCUGUCCGAAAGCGACAUCUGUCCGAAUCAGAAAAUAUGUUAUUUGGACAAUAGUUUAUGUCGGAUCCUACCGUACGAUUUUCUUAAAACUUUCCAUAAAGUAUGGUGGUUAUAUGACGAAUAAUAUGUGUAAGUUUGAGCGAGUUUCUAUGAGCCAAGUUUAAGAUAUUACCUUAACCGCAAAAAAUAUAUCCAAUUCGGUGGUACUCAGUGGUUCCAAAGCAUAUAUCUGGAGAUCCAACGAUACGAUUUUCUUAAAAAUUCUUCAAACUUACACAUAUUAUUCGUCCUAUAACCACCAUACUUUAUGGAAAGUUUUAAGAAAAUCGUACGGUAGGAUCCGACAUAAACUAUUGUCCAAAUAACAUAUUUUCUGAUUCGGACAGAUGUCGCUUUCGGACAGAUGUCGUGUUACCGGUUGUUUAGAAUUUCCGAACUUAUACCAGCCGGAAAAUGGAUCUCUAGUAACUCCGAUGUAGAGCUUUUCAAGCUCACGUUUAUUACUAGGAUUCGAUCAAGUGAUAACUUAACUCGCAUGGGAAUCUUAUCAAUUGCUUGCUGAUGAGAUGGUGACCUAAUUAAUGUUGUCAAAAGAUGUAAAAAGUGCUUACUACAACUGCUCUGUUUUGC